UUGUUUGUUGUUAGUAGUUGAUUCGCCAAUUUGUUCACUAUUUUGGUGUUGUUACUUAAUAUUGUUUAUUGGAAUUUACUAUUUUCCAUUUGCUAGGAACAUAUAUGGUUUAUAAUUAUUAAAUAUAAUUAAAAUGAUUACAAAAUAUCAGGUAAGAUGUCUUCUGCAACAAUUGGUAUAGGUGCUAUUAUUUUAAUUGGACUCUGGUCAUCUUCUUUUAUAUUGUGUCUUCUGUCUCUCCGAACACGUCAUAUUAUUGGACCAAUUGUUUUGGUAUCUACGAUCCUUUUAACAGUUAUAAUACUGUCCAUACCUCGAAGUUCAUUAGAAACACCUAAACCAGAUAUUAAGAUUGUAGAUCCACUGUUUGUUUGGCGUUUAUCAAUUUUGAGUGUACUAUCUAUAAGUACAGCAAUAGGAUUAGCAGCAUUGUUUUCUUCACAUGUUAUGAGUCGCAAAACUGUCCCACAACUUAAAUCUUGGGUACUUUAAAUUAUUACAUAGUACAUUGUUAUAACAAUGUCUUUCAACCGCUUUCGUUGUUUGGAAAAAGUCCAUCAAACGACUAAACGAUCAAUGUCUGUUGGUCGUGUAUAUCGUAAAUCAUUUACAGUAUGUGGCAGUGAAGACUUUAUACAGAAUGUAUUAAAAAGUGAUAUUCCUGUAAUUGUCAACUUCCAUGCAGAGUGGUGUGAACCUUGUUUAACAUUAACACCUUUGUUAAAAAAGAUGGUUGGAGACUCACCAUCUGUACAUUUAGCAAUAGUGGAUGUGGAAAAGAAUGCUGAUUUGGUUCAUACAUUUGAGGUAAAAGCAGUUCCAGCUGUCUUAGCCAUUCGCGAUGGUCACGUCAUUGACAAAUUUAUUGGGCUUAUUGACAAUGAUAUGAUCAAUGAAAUGGUGAAAAAAAUAUCUAAACCGGAUGAAGUAUAGACAUAAUGAUAAUCUUAUAUAAUAUAUAAUUGUAUAAAAGCAUUAUAUUGUGACACAUUUAAUAUAUCUUUUAUUGUAGUAUAUUAUUAGCUCGCUUUUAAACCAGUUUUAAAGUAAGACAUUAAUCUUUUAAACACUAAUUAUUCCCAAGUAUAAUUAAAAAUUUGAAUAUUAUCUCAUUUUAAAAUUUAGCUUAUAAUUUAUAGUACAUUCAACACAAAUUGUUUUUCUA